CCACUUCCAGCUGUUUCCUCUUCAUACUCCGUGUUCACUUUUCUCAAAUACAAAGCCACCCUUCGUAUAAAAUCUUUAAUCCAUAGAUACUUCUUUCUCAGAUUCUACUCUAAAGAGUAUUUUACUCACACUACUCAUAACUACACUCUCAACCCACUUAUCUUAUCGAUUUCUAUGGAGUUUUUCUCUAGUUUUUCUGAUCCACAUCCUUAUUCUUCUGGUUUUUGGUCACCUGGUUUUGACUUGCCUGCUGCUUCUUCUCCGGUAUCUGACGGAAACAGUUCUAUAUCUUGCCGGGGAAAUUUUUCCGAUGAAGAUGUGUUAUUGGCUGCGAGCUAUCCAAAGAAGCGAGCGGGUCGUAAGAAGUUUCAAGAGACUCGUCACCCAGUGUACCGAGGAGUGCAGCGGAGGAAUUCUGGGAAGUGGGUUUGUGAAGUUAGGGAGCCCAAUAAGAAGUCGAGGAUUUGGCUGGGGACUUUUCCGACAGUGGAAAUGGCGGCAAGGGCGCAUGACGUGGCAGCGCUUGCUUUGCGAGGGCGAAUGGCUUGUUUGAAUUUCGCAGACUCAGCCUGGCGACUACCUGUACCAGCUUCAACUGAUGCUAAGGAUAUCCAAAAGGUGGCAGCGGAAGCAACGGAGGCGUUCCGGCCUACACAGGAAGAGGGAGGUUUGAAACAAGAGAGCGAGAAAAUGGUUGAAGAAGAGAGGACGACAAUGUCGGAUGAAGUGUUUUUUAUGGAUGAAGAAGCAGUUUUUGGAAUGCCGGGAUUGCUUGCAAAUAUGGCUGAAGGGAUGUUGUUGCCGCCUCCCCGAUGUGAAAUAGAUGGUGAUGAAGCGGAAAGAGAUGGCGAAAUGUCACUUUAGAGCUACUCAAUUUAAUUAUUAAAAAAAAAAAAACCAUACGAAUAUUAAAAGCACUGGGAGUGACUAGUUAGACUAUGGAAUUGUGUUUGGCUGCUAGGAAAACUUAGUAACUUAGUGGGUUCCGUACUUAUAAUUUUUGACUAGUACGGUGCGAGCAUACAUACUUAUGAAAAGAAGUUGUGCUAUAUAGUUGCUAAUAAUAAUGGAGCAAAUGCUCAAAAUGUGCACUAUAGUAGAAGUUUGAAAAAGCUCUUUUACCCGCUCGGGUUGUUUAAUGUA